AUGACGGUAACAGGGAAGAGUGGAAGAGAAAACUGGCAGCAUGAACUUGCCCUGGAAACGUCUGGGCAGCAGGUUAACUCCUCACUGGAAAAGGUGGUGUUGAUCUGUGUUAUCCCCAAGCUGGCAAGACCUGGAUUAAAUGCAGUGAUGGUAAGAAGCUCACUGCAGAGAGCAGCCUCUGAAGCUGAGCAGGCCACAGGUCAAAAGGUGAAGGUUAUACAAGGUGAUUUCACUAAAAAUUCAGUGUACAAGAACACUGAAAACAAUCUGAAAGGGUUGGAUAUUGGUGUUCUGAUUAACAGCGUUGAAAUGCUUCAUAGUCCUCUUUCAUGCAGUUUCUUUAAUGGACCAGACACUGAUGAAGCAGGAUUAUUCUGUGGACUUGUGACAAAAAUAACUUUGCAACAGGUGGAACCAAGGCAGAAAGGUCUAAUUCUGAAUCUGUCCUCUGGUCUGGGUACUUUCUCUUGUCCAUUCCAUACGAUAUACUCUGCUUCUAAGGCUUUUAUAAGCACUUUCUCCAAAGCACUACAAGCAGAGUAUAAGGGAAAGGGAGUUAUCAUAUAGGAGAUGCAGUAUCUUGCCGUAAUGACUCCUUUUGGUGUCUCUACCGCAAUGGAAAUGUACCAAAACCCAGACCUUAUUACAGAGACAGCAGAGGAGUUUGUUGGUGAAUUCCUGGAGUAUGCCACCUUUGGAGAUUUUGGAUGUUUAGCCCAUGAAAUUCUGGUAAUUGAAUUUGAUUUGAUGAGAAAGAGAGAACGUGUUACUAAGGCUGAUGUGGCACCGGUAAAAUUUGAAGAGAGGAAUACCCAACAUUUCAAGGGCAGUGCAAUCACCAGGCACAGUCAGUGUGAGUUUGUGAAGGGAAAGUCCUCCCUCGGUAAUUUUAUAUCCUUCUACAACGAGAUCACUUGCCUUGUGGAUGAAGGGAAGGUGCUGGGGACUCUGCUGAGGGACAAGAACCUUGCAGAGGGACCUGGAUAG